GAUACAUUCCUUCCUGGCAUGAUGCUAGGUGGCCAAAACCAGCUUAUCACUUCAUGGAGGAACUCAGAAGACCCUGCCCCAGGUGUGUUCUCUCUCGGACUUGAUCCUAAUAACACUCACCAGCUUCUUUUUCAGAAAACAGGACAAGCUUCUAAUAGCCAGAAUUUCAGCCGAGUCCUUAAGGUGGCUUCAUACUUCUACAACUUCAGUUAUGUUCCUCUCUGGAAUCUAGAUAAUUACUCGUAUGCCAUUGACGAUAGAACUACCAUUUCAAGAGGAAUCAUGGAUGUUUCAGGACAGUUUAAGCAACUAACAUGGUUUCAAGACAGAAGAGAAUGGGUUGCAUAUUGGGCUGAACCAGAGAAGUUCCCCUGUGAAGUCCCUAGUUAUUGUGGAUUCAAUGGCCUCUGUGCUAAUGAUUCAAAUUUACCAUGCAAGUGUUUGCUUGGUUUCCAACCCAGUUCCCAGAACCAGUGGAGAUCAAACGACUGGUCAGGUGGUUGUGUUAGACGAGCUACUCUGCAAUGCGGAAAAGGAGAUGGAUUUCUUAAAUUAACAAGCACCAAACUGCCUAUUUUUCAGACUGAUGUCCAGAAUUUAAGUCUAGCUCUAGAUGAUUGUAAAGCCAUGUGCCUUAAGAAUUGCUCUUGCACUGCUUAUGCUUCUGCGAAUGGGAAUGGCACUGGUUGUUUGCUGUGGUCCAAAGAUUUGUUGGGUCUUCAAGAAAAUUAUGAUGGUGGGCAAGACAUAUAUGUUCGUCUUGUGGCUUCUGAGUUAAAUCAAGUUCCUGAUCAUGGAAAGAAGAGUUCAGCUUUAGUAAUAAUAUUAGUGGUAACAGGAACCAUAGCUGUGCUUCUACCAGGUGCUGUCUGUUGCAAGUAUGGAAAAACAAUAGGGAAGAAGCUAAGAAACCAAGAUAUGAGUAGAGCUCUCUUGCUAUUUAAAGUCAGGAAGAAGCUAAGAAACCAGGAGAUGAGUAGUAAUCCAAAAUCAUCCAAGCUGUUUGCUGAUGCGAUGAUGCAUGGAGAAGACAAUAAGGGAUGUCCUCAAGUCAGUUUCACAGCAAUCGCAGCUGCCACGAAUAAUUUCUGUGACUCAAACAAGCUAGGGGAGGGUGGUUUUGGUCCUGUUUACAUGGGUAUGCUGGAGGGCUACACUGUAGCGAUAAAAAGGCUUGCAAAAAAUUCAGGACAAGGAAACAGGGAGUUCAAAAAUGAGAUCACACUAAUUGCAAAUCUCCAGCAUAAGAAUCUUGUUAGACUUCUUGGUUGUUGCAUUGAAAAAGAGGAGAAGAUCUUGAUAUACGAGUACCUGCCAAACAAAAGCUUGGAUACCUACAUCUUUGAUGCAAGUAGAAGAGCAGAACUGGACUGGCAAAAGCGUUUUCACACCAUUGAAGGCAUUGCACAAGGACUUCUUUAUCUUCACAAAUUCUCAAGGCUGAAAGUCAUACAUAGAGAUCUUAAGACUAGUAAUAUUCUUUUGGACAGUGAAAUGAAUCCCAAGAUAUCUGAUUUUGGUCUGGCUAGAAUUUUUGGACAGAAUGAGAACCAAGCAAACACAAGAAGGGUUGUAGGCACUUAUGGUUAUAUGGCACCUGAGUAUGCUAUGGAGGGACUUUUCUCAGUGAAAUCAGAUAUAUAUAGCUUUGGAGUUAUGCUUCUUGAGAUUGUUAGUGGCAAGAAGAACACUUGUUUUCAGCAUGCAAAUAAUACAGUGAAUCUCCUUGGAUAUGCUUGGGAGUUGUGGACAGAGGGAAGGAGUUUGGAGCUUGUUGACCCAAUUCUGGGAGAUUUAUAUCCUCCCCAGGAGGUCUCAAGAUGUAUUCAUGUUGCAUUAUUAUGUGUGCAAGAUCAUGCAGCAGACCGGCCAAAUAUAUCUGCAGUAAUCUCAAUGCUUCACAAUGAAACUUGUCUACCAUUCCCUAAACAACCUGCUUUCUAUAUUGCUAGAGAUGAAGGUCCAUCUUCUGACAAAGGGGACAUUUAUACUUUAAACAACGUUUCGUUUACAUCCAUGCAAGGUCGAUAGCAGUUUAAAAAAUAGUGUAGUCAAUGAAUUAAAAAAAAAAAAAAUCAUUGGCAGAGAAUCAAGUUUUGG